AUGAGGGGGGAGGGUGGUCUCGAGCUCAGAUCCAGCUACCAGAAAUCAGUACAACCAUAUAUUGUCCAUAUAAUACGGGCAUUCCUACACGGUGGAGCCCAAGGCUCAGGAGCGAUCCCCUCUAAGGUCUGGACAAGCCCCGCUCCACAGCGGCUCAACGAAAGUGGCGGCUCGCCGCCCCACCGGGAGGCCCACGGUGCAGUGCGGCCGGUCGACCCCUCAUGCCUAGGAGAGCGUCGGUCGGCCCGCCCGGCCUUCCCCCUAGGUGUCCGGAAGGCCGCUCCCGGGCCCCAGUUCGGCCGGACCCCGGGCCGGGAGGUUCUGUGGUGCCUUCAGGAGGGGCUGGAUCGAAAAAGAGAGGGGGUAGGGCCCCUCGGAGAGCGGCGGACUCUCCGCUGCCCCCGAUCAGCAAUAUCUGCCACGUCUGGAUUGGCCCGGCAGCUUCCACGGAGCGGAGGGAUCUCCGCCGGGUCCCGGCAGCAAGGCGCACCGACGUCGCGCGUCGGCGUCCCAGGGCCGGAGAGCCGGCAGCGGCCAUCCGCAGCCGGAGCCGCGAGCAACCCCGCAGCACGCCCGCCGAGCAGGCGGCGGGUGGCGCCCUGCGGUCGCGGUGAAUCGCAGCUCUGGCGGCGGCAGGCAGGAUCCCCGACCGGGGACCUCCCAGACGGAGGGAGCUCAGCCCGGCCAGCCUCCCGGCAGGUUUGGGCACCCCCUCCGGGAUCGAGGCGAGAGGAGGCCGGCAAACCGGGUCGGCGGGCGGCAUUCCAGCGGCCGCCCACGUGCCUGGGGAAGGAGAGGAAGUGCCGCCCCGGCCGGGCCGGAGAGGGCGAGGGACUGGAGGCUGGGCGGCGAGCGAGAGCAGAGAGGCGCAGGACUCCGGUGCCGCGGUCCGGCAGUCCGGAGGGCCCGAGGUGGCGGGCCCCGGCCCUGACGGGCUACCUGGUCGAUCCUCUAAAAGAUUAA